AUGGCUUACAAGACCAACUACGAGCUCUAUAGCGAUCGAACUCCCUAUAUCAAUCGCCCGCCUCCAUCUCAAGAGCUCCUCAAUCCUCUGGGGACAUUGUAUCCCCAUGUGUCAGCUCUCCAGCAGUCUCCGGUUUAUCCUCCAGAGUGGUACUCGGGUGAAAAUGGCCUCGGUCACUGGGCCGGUGCCUAUGCAACUGCAGAGCCUCCCAGCCCAACCAACACCUCCUUCAGCAGCUCUUACCACGACUCGAAAAAGACGCGCCUGAUGUCUCGCUUCCGACGAAUCCUCAAACGCGAUACGCGGAGUACAAACGACCUGAGAAGUCAAUAUCUCAACAAUCUUUAA